GAUCGCCCGCGCGCAGCCUCCGACUUUGGGGGAAAUAUGAAUGGAAGAUUCGGUUUUCAUUAUCAGCUAAAAGCGCAUUAAUCAGGUCUUUGUUGACACGACUGACAAGCGAGUCGCAAGAGUCAAAGCUUUCCGGAGAUGGUGAUAAGUCACAUGCUGUUAGCUCAGACGCACUUUGGUAACAGCAUCGAGGCUUCAGUCUCUCCGCCCAUAUUUGUGGAGGCGACGACCUCACGCGCGUGCGGUUGGUCCAUCCUUGUUUAUUAUUUUCUUUAUAAAACUGACGAGCAUCAGUCGUGGUCCACACACACACACGCGGCUUCUCUCUGGCGGGAAAACCGUCUCCUGAUUCGUCAAACUCGGUACGCCACCGUCACACUCCUUCACUCAGCUCGACAGUAGUGGGCCGGGUUGUUUAAAUUGCAAAAAAAAAAAGACUGUCGUGAUCCAUCGUGUACUUGCGCAACGUGACGUGCUACAUCCAGCUAGCCGUUGGGCACACCUAUCUGUCACCAUUUUUGCCGCGGGUUACACCCACCCCCACGUCCCAUAAUAAUAAGUCAACUCCGGCUUUACUUUACUCCAGAAAGGGUUUUUUCCUCUCAGCAUCGUGUGUCUGGCCUGCGAUACAAGGAAGGGUUAGCAUCAUAUCGUCGCUUCGUCUCAUCAUAUGCAGAAUUCUAACGAUCCAAGGUGAUCACCAACAUGGCGACUAUACGGUUAACAUUUGGGCAGUAUCUAGCAGUACUUGGAAUCCUAGUGGUAGUUGUCAUGAACUCCAGACCGUGUGUUUCACAGUUGACCUGCGUGCCGCGCGAGUACCUCGUCUACGAGGCCCAGAAGUCAGGUUGCAGAGCUCAAACCAUCACCACCAUGGCAUGCUACGGACGUUGCCAUACCUCAGAGAUACCACAGCUGUUGCCACCUUACAAGGUAUCUGACCACGACAUGUGUUCCUACGACCAGACAGUGGAGAGACAGAUCCAACUGAGCGACUGCGAUCCUGGCGUGGAUCCGACCUUCACUUAUCUCGAUGCUGUAACAUGUGUCUGUAAAAGAUGCCAGAGAGACACCACCCACUGCCACGGAAUCUAAUGACAAGUAACCCCCCCCCCCCCC